UUAGAACAUUGUCGUUAGCUCUCUCUCUCUCUCUCUCUCUCUCUCUCUCUCUCACACACACACGAACAUUUUGCUUGGUCAUGGUGAUGGUAACGUUUAGACUGAUGAGGAUGGAUAGUGGGGAUGAUGAUCAGCUACCGCCUCUGGUGGAGCCACCACCGGUGGCUGUGGGGCAGAGCCAUUCAGCAAACCGGUCAAUCGAGACGCUGGUGGUGGUGCUGGCAGUGAUAACCAUCGUCGCCGUGAUUGCAGGGUUCAUAGCACGGCUAUGUGGAGGAAGGCAUUAUGGUGGGAAUGGAGGAGAUCAUGAAGUUGAAGGAUGUAUUGAGAGUAGAUGCAGAAGCUGUAUUGAUGCCGGCAUUUCAACUGCACCACCGCCGCCGGCAGCAGCAGCAGCACCGCCAAAAGAGGAACCAAACCCAGCAAAAGAAGAAGCAAAAAAGUGAAGAAUGUACGGAGAGGGUAAAUUAAGGAACAGUAAUAGUAUAUCUUUUUUAUUUUUAUUUUUACAUAUUUAAAAUCUUAUAUGGUUAUUCAUUAUUGGUUUAAUCAAUUUAUUGGUGUAGAUGAAGAUUUCGGUCCCUUACAUAAUUAAAUAUGUUUUCUAACAAAA